CAUAGAAAAGAGAGAGUGAAAUCUCAACUUAAAAAAAAAAACAUGAAGUCUUUAGACAACAAAAAAAAAAACAGACACAUACUAGAUAGAAGAUAGAUAAAAAAAAUAAAACAAAAACUGUUCACUUUCCCUUGUCUCACACUUUCUUCUUCUUCUUCUUCUUAGUCAUCGCAUUUUCCUACUCUCUCCAAUGAUGGAUUCAAGCAAAAGAGAAGAAGAAGACGAUGAUCUUUUCCUCCCAGUCCCACCGGAUCUGGUGCACCCUCCACACCAGAUCCUCCCCUCCUCACCACCACCACCCCCACCAGAUCCUCCCUCUUUCUCUCUCUCCGAAAUCGUCCUCUUCCCUUCCCCUUCCUCCUCCGACUCACCUCCUAGUCACUCCUCCGCCGAGUCACCACCACCGAGUCACCAACCCACCACCACAACAACAACGACAGAACCCUUCUUCAUAAGCCCUGACCCUCACCUCUCCUCCCAAUUCUACACAUUCAACCCCGACUCCCACUCCCUCAUGAUCAACUGCCUCCUCCAAAACCGCCUCGCCACCCCCUCCGAGAUCCGCGCCGCAACCCCACGCACCGUCCUCAAAUCAUGGCGGACCGUCUGGAAGGACCGCAACGAAGAAACCGCUUACCUCACCGCAUGGAAACGAAUCCAAGACAAGUUAACAGCGCGUGUCGACCAAAACGGGAACCACUUUCUCUGCUUCAAGAACAACACGAAUCAGUUCGUUUCGCACACGAAUCAGUGGCAAGACAUUGUUAUGAAUUUUCAUAGUGACGCUGAUCUUAAGCAUCUUGGGGUUAAGGAUACUGUUGAUAGGAUUAAACAGGUUUGGACUGUUGGAGCGAAGUUCUAUGGGAUUCCUGAGAGUUACAUUCGUGUUUGUAUUGCCGCUUGUUCGAUUUGCUCCGGGGCAGCGUCUGGAUCUAGUCUUACGGAUGCUGCCGCGGCUGCGAGGAACAAGCGGCGGAGAUUUGAGUAUACUGAGUCAUUUGAUGUGCCUGCUAAGGAAGUUCCUAGUAGGUUACAGCAACUUGCUGCUAAGCAUAAGGUUGUGCUUUGUAUUAGGCAGAAGUAUAUUAGGUAUAAGCCUUUUAUGGCCGAGGUUAAGGAUUAUGCUUGUCAUAGAGCGGGUCAGCCUGCUGCUGCGAAGAAAUCGAAGAUUUUGAAGAGGGAGCCUUAUGCUUCGAAGAGGUGUGGAUGUGGGUUUAGGAUUAGGGCUAUUGUUCCGAUUGCGAAUUAUAAUGAGAAGGAUAAGAGUUUUGUGUAUGAGGAAGAGGGGAUGGCGGUUUUUAAAUUGUAUGCUGUGCAUUCGGGGCAUGAGCCGGGGCCGUUGGAUGGGAAUGCGAGGAUUAUGCAUAGGGUUGUUGGACAUAAAGGUGGGUAUUUGAUGGAUCAGGAUGCUGAUGUGUAUGGGGUGAGUGAGGAAAUGGAUAAUGAAGGGUUUGGUUUGAUGGGGAAAGAUGAAGGGGAUUUGCAGUUUUCGGUUUUGCAACAGGUGCAGGAGUUGAGAGUUGAAGUUGGGAUGUUGGAAGGGAGGGUUUCAAAGAUUCCACAGGAGUUGUUGGGUUCGGUUUCAAGAGAUUUGUUUGAUGUUGUGAAUAGAAUUAGGAGUAUAGGAGAAGUGGGUUUGAAGCCGAUGGGGUUACUUUCGACAGAUAAGUCACAUGCAGAUGAUGUCUUGGUUGGGGAUAAUGAUCUUGCAAACUGGAGUAAUCAUCAUCAUGAAAGGAUUUACGGGGAUGACAAGGAUACUGAGCUGAUUGAGGACGAUGAAGAUAGUUUCGGACGCACAUUGGGAGAAGUUGUUUCUUGGGGGGACCAUAUCAGGACAGAGUGUAGAAGUCAGAAGGAUUUGAUAGGGGAAACUUGUAAAUCUGAAAAGUGGUUGAAGUGUAGUGACUUUGACGAGAAGAGCAUCCUUGAUUGUGAAGAUACUAAACUAACCAAGCCCAUCAGACACGACGAGGCUAUAGUUUCAGAUGUAGGUCUUGGUUCGAUACAUGUUGAUAGUUUCUACCAAGACAAUCCUAAAUGGUAUGAUUCUCCUUGUGCUUUGGGUACCGGUGCAGAUUGUGAGGAUACUGGAUUCCGUCAUGGAGAGAUUUUAUAAUGCCAUGAACGUCCAAGUUAUUCUUCUCUAACCUAGAGAUCAGAUUACACCGCGCCUAUGUACCCCUUCCAACAAAUAGAAGUGGGAUUGUACAUUCUUGUAUACAGAAGAUUGGAGCUACUCAACUUGCCCUUUAGGUGUUUUUAUUCUGUGUGGUUCUGUAAAGUAUGACCAGUUAUGCUUCUUGCACAUAACUUUGUUAUGAAUAUGGCUAUAUUUAUU